AUGACUCAAGUAGACUCGACAUCAUAUGAGAUACUGACUGGCACUGACACUGACAGUCAGUAGCAACGUACAAUAGCAACAGUUGCCGUGCCGGUCCGGGACGUAGCUCGAAAGGGAAGGAACGAUUUGUAGAAAAAAACUGGUUUCUUACUGUGUGUGUGUCGUUUUCUUUCAGAGUUUUUUUUUGUUAAUGUUUGGAUAUCUUAUUAAAGUUUGACCAACAUUUAAUUAUACUCUUUAUUAAAACCGCAAUUAUUAUUGAACAUGAAGCACCUAGAAGCCUAUAAAAUAUUGGCACUAUUCUUCGACAUGAGUUAUUGGUGAAUUUCUUUGGACACUUUAAUGGUUAUAAUAAAAUUGUAACCUAAAGAUUCUAAAGCUUCAAGUAUGAAUGAAGAAGACGUAUGGGAUGACCUGUCUAAUAUACCUGCAGAUCCACCACAUAUGCGUGAACUAUGUGAAAAUUGCAAAAGGCCACAAGUAGUGUGUUGGUGUGCAGCCCUUCCCCCUGAGAGGUUACAACCACGCAGCAACAUCAUUCUCCUGCAACACCCAGCGGAGGAAAAACGCUGCCUCCGGACUGCGCCCAUGCUGCAGCUAGGCUUAGCGGAAAACAAGUGCCUUAUUUUCAAAGGGAAAAAGUUCCCACAACCAAGACAUGACAACUUGGAAGACAUCUUAAUUCAACCUAAUACAUUAUUACUAUAUCCAAGCAAAACUGCCAUUGAUAUAAAUGAUUUAGUUAAUGAUAAUGAUUCAUACAAUCUUGUCCUCUUAGAUGGUACCUGGCCCCAAGCCAAAGCUAUCUAUGCCUCCAGUCCUAUUUUACAUAAUUUAAGGCAGGUUAAAUUAAUAACUAGUACUGUAAGUAGCUAUAUUAUAAGAACGCAACCAACUGAAGGUUGUUUGAGUACGCUGGAAACAGCUGCAGAGGCUUUGUCUCAAUUGGAGAAGGAUACAAAAUACAGAGAUCAACUAGUACAACCUUUACAUAUGCUGUGCCAGUACCAAUUGGACAAUGGAGCAGUAACUCACCAGUCAAAAGAGUUUUUAUUGAAAACAAGAACAUAUCCUAAAUUAAUAGGAAAACGCUUAUCUAGGCUGUUAAGGUCUACAAAUGAUACUGUUCUCGAUUUAGAUUAAGCAUAUUACUUUUAUAAGUGUUUCAUAUGAAGGAUAAAUAAAGUUUAUCAGAUUUUUUAAAA